UAAAAAUCUAUGCAGAAAAACCCCAGAAAAAUGAAAGUGUAGUGAAGGCAGUCAACCGAAGGGUUAUUUUUCUGAAUUUUUCUACGACAAUUUCCCAUUUUACUUUCCCCGCCACUUGUUUCCCCUUUUCCUUCUCUCCCCAAUUUCUUCCUCCGAAUCUUAGGGCUGCGAACCUCUCUAUCUCUCCCGCUCUGCAACUCCAUCAUUCAUAAGUCAGAAUCUCUCCUUCCUCAACUUGAUCUCUGCUCCCACAUAUAUUCCUCUCCGAACCACUUCUUCUCUUAAUGCGCUCCCCCUUCGAACUGCAAUUUCUCCGGUUAGUCCAGCUAUGAGCAAUCCGGCUGCUAACCCCGGUGGUUCUGCUUCGGGCUUCGGUGCCCAAGGCGUUGGCCUCUCCAACACUAUACACUCGGAAGUUGCGCCAUACUUGCCCUUACCUUCGCUCCCGGUGUUCUGCGGCGCUUACGAUCCGGAACUCCGGCUGUUCGACGAGCGCGGCGGUGGAGACCUUUGGUACUUGAAUCGAAAUGAAAUUGUGGCUCAGUCUGCUAGAAUUGCCAGUAUGCUUGGCGAUACCGAUGUUUCCUACCUCCACCUUAGGAACGAUGUGAGGCGGAUGGGGUUGGAUAAUGUGGUACCUUUGGAACUUCAUGACCAGGUUCUACGGCACAAUCCUGAAGCAUAUGAGCAUCCCACUCAUGCCUUGGAAAACAAGCUUGUCCAUGUUGAGCCCAGCAUCCUUGUUCCACUUAAAGUACAAAAUGGCAAUGAUCAGGAAAGCCGCCACAGCAGCUAUACGCCUAAUGAUACUGAUUCAUCUAUGAGAAAACCAAAAGGUAAGAGGAAAGGCAGUGUGGCACCAGUGCCGGUUGAAGUGAGUGACCCGUCUGAGCUUGAACCAAGUGACCCUUCUGAAUUACAGGAUGCUACUAUUAGGAACUUCUGUGAUAUACUGGAGCAAUUCUGUGGCAAAGCUGAAGUUGCGAAUGAUGAACGGGAUGAAGUGGAUUGGUUGGCGUUACCUGCUAGUGAUAUUAGUUUGCUUGUUAAUGAAAUCAUGUUACUUCGUGGAAAGAAACUUCUACAUUUGGUCCCUCUUGAGGCCCUUGUAAGAUUGUUACGAAUUCUAGACCAUCAGAUACAUCGAGCAGAAGGCAUAUCAAUAGACCAAUUGGACCAUUCGGGCUCAGAUGCAGUCUCUUACGUCUUCUCUGCGUUGGAGUCUAUCCAUGCAGCUCUAGCUGUAAUGACUCACAAUAGCAUGCCAAAACAGCUCUACAAAGAAGAGCUCAUUGAAAGGAUUCUGGAGUUCUCUAAGUAUCAGAUAUUGGGUAUUUUGUCAGCUUAUGAUCCAGCAUUUCGGGCUUUGCAUAAGCCAAACGAACCUGAAGCAUAUGAAGGUGAUGAGAAUGAAGACCCUGAGGCUGAUUACUGUCCAUCAGGCAAGAGAAGGCGUGUUCAGAAGAGUGUGAGACUGAAGAAAUCCGCUUACAAUAAGGUCAACAGUGCCAUGAAUACAAUUCUGCAGAAACUUUGCACUAUUAUUUGUUUACUGAAGGAUCUGUUGUCGAUAGAGAGGUUAUCAGAUAGUUGCAUUUUACAAUUAGUGAAGACCAGCUUUACAACGCUCAUGGUUGACAAUGUUCAACUCCUGCAGCUGAAGGCAAUGGGUCUACUUUGUGGGAUAUUCUUGUCAUACACACAACAUCGUUCCUAUAUUGUUGAUGAGUUGGUUCAGCUGCUCUGGAAGCUACCUGUCUCAAAGCGAGCCCUCCGAUCCUAUCACUUGCCUGAUGAAGAUCAAAAGCAGAUUCAGAUGGUCACUGCUUUGCUAAUUCAAUUGGUACACAGUAGUGCAAACCUUCCUGAAGCGUUAAGGCACGCGGCGACUGCUCAUUCCAUCCUGGAAGUCUCUUUGGAUGCUACUUACAUCUCUAAAUGCCAUGAAGCUGUAACGGAAACAUGCUGUCUUUUCUGGACUCGUGUACUUCAGCGAUUUACGGCUGUGAAAGCUCAGGAUUCUGCUGAACUGAAGCUUAUCAUGGAAAACCUUGUUACAGACUUACUGACCACUCUGAACUUACCCGAGUACCCUGCUUCAGCUCUCAUUCUGGAGGUACUUUGCGUCUUAUUACUGCAGAAUGCUGGGCUAAAAUCCAAGGAUGUUUCUGCGCGAUCUAUGGCAAUUGAUCUUCUUGGCAUGAUUGCCACAAGUUUGAAACAUGAUUCUGUCAAUUGCCGCCAGGAGAAACUUUGGAUUUUACAAGCAUUAGACAGUGAAGAUGAUGCGGGUUGUAGUUUCCCAAAAGAUGCAUGCUGUGUUUGCUUAGAUAGAAGAGUUGGGAAAGCACUGUUCAUGUGUCAAGGUUGCGACAGAUUAUUUCAUUCUGAUUGCACAGGUGGCAGAGAAUGUGAAACCAAUCAGAACUGGCAUUGUCAGAUUUGUCUGUGCAAGAAGCAGCUUCUGGUGUUACAGUCAUUUUGUAACAUGCAGCGCAAAGAUAAUGGGAGAGCAAACAGAUCUGCAUCUGCUAAAAAUUCUGAAACUUCUAAUAUGGUCACAAAAGUUGAAGUUAUUCAACAGACGCUUUUAAACUUCCUCCAAGAUUCAGUUUCUGCUGAUGAUAUGCAUCAGUUCAUCGGCUGGUUCUAUAUGUGCCUUUGGUACAAGGAUGACUCAAAAUCUGAGCAGAGGUUGACUUAUGACAUCACGAGGCUAAAAUCAAAUCUUGUUGUGCGUGAUUCUGGUACUAGCCAUUCCAUGCUGACGAGGGACUCGAUGAAGAAGAUUACGUUAGCACUGGGACAAAAUAGUUCUUUUGCUCGAGGGUUUGACAAAAUUCUUCAUAUGCUUCUGGCAAGUUUAAGGGAGAACUCUCCUGUAAUCAGGGCCAAGGCACUGCGAGCUGUCAGCAUUAUAGUAGAAACUGAUCUAGAGGUCUUACGCGAUAAAUCCGUUCAAUUAGCCGUAGAAGGAAGAUUUUGUGAUUCUGCAAUUUCUGUUAGGGAAGCUGCAUUGGAACUGGUAGGAAGGCAUAUUGCUUCACAUCCUGAUGUUGGCCUGCAGUACUUUGAGAAGGUUGCUGAGAGGAUCAAAGACACUGGAGUGAGCGUCCGAAAGAGGGCCAUCAAAAUUAUCAGAGAUAUGUGCACUUCAAACACCAACUUCACUCAAUUUACGACUGCUUGCAUUGAGAUAAUUUCUCGUGUUAGUGACGACGAAUCAAGUAUUCAGGAUCUCGUCUGCAAGACAUUUUUCGAGUUAUGGUUUGAGGAACCUUCUGGUGUGCAGACAACGUUUUCUGGGGAUGGUAGUUCUGUACCUUUGGAGGUGGCUAAGAAGACUGAUCAGAUUGUUGAAAUGCUGCGGAGGAUGGCAAAUAAUCACCUCCUUGUCACUGUUGUUAAGCGCAACCUAGCCCUUGAUUUUUUCCCCCAGUCUGCUAAAGCUGUUGGGAUCAAUCCUAUGUCGCUUGCAUCUGUGCGCAAGCGAUGUGAGCUAAUGUGCAAGUGCAUACUUGAAAGGAUACUGCAGGUGGAGGAAAUGAAUAACACUGAAGAGGAGGUGCAAACUCUGCCAUACGUGCUGGCCUUACAUUCAUUUUGUGUGGUGGAUCCAACCCUUUGUGUGCCAUCUUCUGACCCAUCUCAAUUUGUUGUCACGCUGCAGCCUUAUCUUAAGACUCAGGUUGAUAACCGAGUUGUUGCGCAGUUUCUGGAGAGUAUAAUAUUCAUAAUUGAUUCUGUACUUCCCUUGAUAAGGAAGUUGACAUCAAGUAUUGUUGAAGAACUCGAGCAAGACUUGAAACAAAUGAUCGGGCGGCACUCAUUUUUGACAGUGGUGCAUGCUUGCAUCAAGUGUCUGUGUACGUUGAGUAAGGUUUCUGGAAAAGGGGCUAGUGUUAUUGAAUUCCUCAUACAGGUUUUCUUCAGGCGCCUUGAUGCUCAAACAAUUGAGAACAAACAGUUGAUAGGGCGUUCUCUAUUCUGCCUUGGGUUGCUUAUUCGAUAUGGAAAUCCAUUGAUUAGUGGGUCAAGUAGCAAAAACAUUGAUGUUGGAAGUAGUAUCAGCUUGUUCAAGAACUACCUCAUAAUGGACGACUUCAGUGUGAAAGUCAGAUCUUUGCAGGCUUUAGGAUUUAUCCUAAUUGCUAGACCUGAAUACAUGCUGGAGAAGGACAUUGGGAAAAUAUUGGGAGCAACUUUGUCAUCGAGUUCUCAUGUUCGCCUGAAGAUGCAAGCUCUGCAAAAUCUGUAUGAGUAUCUUCUGGAUGCCGAAAGCCAAUUAGAAACAGAUAAAGCCAGUAACGAUGCUCAAAGUUCGGUUGGAGCUGGUCAAAGGGUGGUACCUGUUGCUGCAGGUGCUGGGGAUACCAACAUCUGUGGUGGGAUUAUCCAGUUAUAUUGGGAUCACAUUUUGGGAAGGAGCUUAGAUUUGAAUGAGGAAGUUCGCCAGACUGCACUGAAGGUGGGAAAAUCGGUCUUAUAUUAAGUUCCCGUGCUAGUACAAGAACUGGUUUCAUCAUGUAAAAUAAAGGGACAAAGCCAGGAAGCUAAAGUUUAGUAAAUAGGAGUAGGAUCUCAUGCACUGUAACUUUGCUGCACUUGGAUGCUUGAGUUUCACUUAUUUGAUUUUGUUAUCCAUGCAGAUUGUCGAGGUGGUGCUCAGGCAAGGUCUAGUUCACCCUAUUACUUGUGUUCCCUACCUCAUAGCACUUGAAUCCGAUCCGUUAGAGUCAAACUCGAAGUUGGCACAUCAUCUAUUGAUGAAUAUGAAUGAGAAGUACCCAGCCUUCUUUGAGAGUCGAUUAGGCGAUGGUCUUCAGCUAUCAUAUACAUUCAUGCAUGCUCUUUCUAGUACCUCUAAUGAAAAACCAAACCAAAGGCUCCCACCUAAGUCAGCUGGGAAUUCCAAAGGAAAGUAUGGAACUGGUGCUCUGACUCAGGCUAGGCUCGGAGUUUCUCGGAUCUACAAGCUUAUUCGUGGGAACCGUGUCUCGAGAAAUAAAUUCAUGUCUUCAAUUGUGCGCAAAUUUGAUAAUCCAGUCCGUAGUGAUUCAGUGAUUGGCUUUCUACUGCACUGUACUGAAGUGCUUGCUCUACUGCCAUUCACUGUUCCAGAUGAACCACUGUAUCUCAUUUAUUCUAUAAAUCGGGUGAUCCAAGUUAGGGUUGGGGCACUUGAGGCAAAUAUGAAGGGGCUAGUAUUGCAUCUGGCAGAAAGAGCUGCACGGAAAGCUCACCAUCAGAGUGGGUUACUUCAGGAAGAAGCAACUCAGCUCAGUGUCCGACAAGUGGGCUCAAUGGACUUGAAUGACAUGGCUAAGGAUGAAGAGCCAGUUGAUCGAGCACAGUCCAGUCCUUUGAGAAAUUUCGAUUUGAAUGGAACGUUUAAAGACGAGCCACCUGGCCAUUCAGUCUCCACUUCAAGUGAUCCAAAUACGACAAGCCAUAUGAACAUAGUUGAACCUUGCAGCCUCUCCCAGGAUGAUAUAAACAGAAUCCAGGUCCAUUGUCUCGCUGCCACUGCUUUGCAGCUUCUUCUGAAGCUGAAGAGACACCUAAAGAUUGUGUAUGGCCUGAAUGACUCCCGUUGUCAGGCCUUUUUACCGAACGAACCCCCAAAACCUGGAGAGAAUCUAUCCAGGCAGACUAUUCCUUUUGACGUAAGUGAUAUCCGGACUAGCAUGCCCACAACGUAUCAGGAUCUGGUACAGCGAUAUCAGGACUUAAAAAAUGCGCUGAAGGAAGACACAGUGGAUUAUGCAACUUACACAGCAAACAUCAAUAGGAAGCGCCCCACUCCCAGGAAGAAACCCGGACGAGGUGCCCCAGCAGCCGAAGACAUGUAUGAUGAUGCAAACCUGACGGGUGGCAGUGCGGUCAGGAAGCGGACAACUCCCAGGAAGAGAACUGGCCGUACUCUGGCCGAUGACAUGGAUGACGACGAUGAUGACGACGAUGGAGACUGGAUGGGUGGAGGCAGGAGGUUAACUGGUAGCAGCAGGAGAGGGAACAGAUCAGCAGGCAGACAGCGAUGACUACGAUGAAUAGGUAUUGUAAAUACGACGAAAUAGCAUAUGCACAUAUAUGCUAACCAGUGUACAUGAAGUUUUGUUGGCGACAGGUAAUAGAGCUAUAGGUGGGACAGAUCUUUAUUGUAGAAUGACAGGAGAAGAGAAAGGAAUAGGGAUUUUUAGGUGGGAACGCUUAGAAAGCAUGAAGAAACAUGAAGAUUGUUUCUUCUUCAGAGUAGUUUGUAACUUGUAGCUGUAGCUUUCUGCUGCUGUUUCCAUCUUGUAAUUUUUUGUCCAGAAAAGUUUUAACUGCCGAUUCUUUUCUCGGAAUGAAAGUCAAGGAUUUGAUUACUGG